AUGACGCACCCGCGGGAACACCCCUCGCGAAGGGCCACCAAUGCCUCGUCCGCCACCAUAAUGCCGGGCACGAGAGCCGGCGCGCCAGCCGUGCGGCCAGGACUGCGACAGACCACCAAACGCGGACCGACAGCCCGUCACGUAUCGGGCAUCCCGUCGUCGUUAUCAUCGUCGGCACCGACGCCGGGCGGGCGUAUCAGCCGGAUGCGGGCCACGUCGCCGGCCGAGUCCGUGGCGUCGAUCGCGACGACGGGAACGAAGCGCAAGGAGCGCGAGUUUGAGCUGGAAGGCCCGUCGGUUGGCGAAGAGACCAACAUCAACGUGGUGGUGCGGUGUCGCGGACGUACCGAGCGGGAAGUGCGCGAGAACAGCGCGGUGGUGGCGACGACGGAUGGUGCAAUGGGCAAGACCGUGGAGCUGUCUAUGGGACCGAACGCGCUCAGCAACAAGACGUACAACUUUGACCGGCCGAUCCUGGACCAGAUGAUGACCGGCUUCAACUGCACCAUCUUUGCGUACGGCCAGACGGGCACGGGCAAGACGUACACCAUGUCCGGCGAUAUGACGGAGACGCUAGGCCUGUUGACAGACGCGGCCGGUAUCAUCCCGCGCGUGCUGCAGGCGCUCUUCCAGAAGCUGGAGGCCGACGCGUCGGACAGCAUCGUGCGCUGCUCGUUCAUCGAGCUGUACAACGAAGAGCUGCGCGACCUUCUCUCGGCCGAGGCCGACAGCGGCGGCGGCAUGAAGCUCAAGAUCUACGACGACAACACGCGCAAGGGCCACGGCACGACGGUCGUGCAGGGCAUGGAGGAGCGGCAUCUGGCGUCGGCGGCCGACGGCAUCCAGCGGCUGCAAGAGGGCAGCAUCCGGCGGCAGGUGGCGGCGACCAAGUGCAACGACCUCAGCAGCCGCAGUCACACCGUCUUCACCAUCACGGUGCAGACAAAGCACGUGGCCGAGAGCGGCGAGGACUUUUACGUGACGGGCAAGCUCAACCUGGUGGACCUGGCCGGCAGCGAGAACAUCCAGCGAUCGGGGGCCGAGAACAAACGGGCGGCCGAGGCAGGGCUGAUCAACAAGAGCCUGCUGACGCUGGGCCGCGUGAUCAACGCGUUGGUCGACCGAACAGCCCACGUGCCGUACCGCGAGUCCAAGCUGACGCGGCUGCUGCAAGACUCACUCGGUGGCCGGACGAAGACGUGCAUCAUCGCGACGGUGUCGACGGCCAAGAGCAACCUGGAGGAGACGAUCUCGACGCUGGACUACGCCUUCCGGGCGAAGAAUAUACGGAACAAGCCGCAGGUGAACCAGCUGGUCAGCAAGAAGACGCUGCUGCGCGAGUUCACGGCCGAGAUCGAGAAGCUGAAGAGCGAGCUGAUCGUGACGCGCCAGCGCAACGGCGUGUACCUGGCCCUAGACGCGUACGAGGAGAUGACGGUGCAGAGCGAAUCGCGGCGCAUCCUGGCGGAGGAGCAGGCCGCACGCAUCGAGACGAUGGAGAACAGCCUGCGCCACAAGCUGCAGGAGCUGCUGGACCUGACUAGCAGCUUCAUGGGCCUCAAGAAGGACCACGAGGGGGCGCGCGUGAGCCUGGACGCGACCAAGGCCGUGCUAGACGAGACUGAGACCGUGUUGGCGGCCACACGAGACGCCCUGGCCGAUGAGACGCGCGUGCGCCAAGCCCACGAGGCGACCGAACGGCAGCUGGCCGUGCUGGGCGACGAGCUGAUCCGCACGCUCGGCCGCACCGUCGACGACAUUGACGGCCUGCGGGCCAAGGGCCGGCGUCGGUCGGACCUGCACGGUGCCAACCGCAACACAUGGACCGAAACCCAGGCCCGGGUGGCCGACGUCACGCGGCUGGUCGAGGGCCGCAUCGCGGACUUGCGGGCAUCGCAGGAUGCUCACGUGACCGCUAUGGCUGAACACGUCCAGGCCUUUGUGCACGACGGACGUCAGGACGUGGCGGGCACGCAGGCCGCCCUGGACGCGAGCCUGGCCGUUUGGGCAGCGUCCCAUGACGAGUUGCUGACUCAGCAGCGAGCAGCCAAAGGGGACGUGGAUGCGAUUUUGGCGGAGCUGCGAGUCGUACGGGCGCACAUGCAGCAGCGGGUGGGUGAGAGCCUGGAGUCGAUUGCGGCGGCGGCUGAGCGGAUCGCCGAGGACGUGCUGAGCGAGCUGGGAGCCUUUCACGACCGGCUACAUGCCUCGUACGACACGCUCGGCCAGGACUGCCAGAGCCUGUUGGACGACGUGCUGCGGCAGCUCCGCGACCAGCGGAGCGAGUCAGACGCGCUACGACGGACAGUCGAGGCAGCGAGCCGGGCAGCGGCACAGUCGAGUGCCGUGGUGGCGGCCCAGAUCGCGGAGGCGGUCGAGGAGGAGCGACGAGUGGCCGCAGCAGACAGGCAGCAGCUGCUGGCACAGAUCGGCAGCCUGGUCAGCGCACAGGCGAGCGUGCAGGAGGCGCGGUUCGCGGCCCGGGCAGAGGCAAUCCGCGAGCAGGUGGCACAGUCGGGUCAGUCACUCGAGGAGGGUGUGGCGACAUACAGCAAGGGGAUGGACGUGUGGAAUGCAGCGGCAGACGAACUUGUACAGGACAUGAGCACGUCUGGGGAGAGGGUGAAGAACAAGUUGAAGGACGACUGGACGACUGCAAACAAUCACAGCAUAUCCAUCAAAGAGACGACAGAGUCGGUGCACGCCGAGACGAUUCGCGUGGUGGAAGAACAGAAGACAGAUCUGGACGUGCAGAUGCAAGGCCUCGACAACCUGGUGGCCAAGGCGGCAGCCUACAGCAAGGAGCACCAGGCACGACAGGGCGUGACGGCAGCCAAGGCGUCGGCAGCGGUGACGUCGUGUCUGUCGGAGACGGCGAGCCGGGCCCAGGAGACACACGAGCGCACAGAGGCGUUGGGGACGGCCCUGGGCCGAGACCUGGACGGGCUGCGCGACAGCCUGGCGCCGAUCGAGAGCACGCUGGCACAGCCGCUCGUCGGGCUGCGGUCGCUCGUCAGCAGCACGUCACUACGCGAAUACGUGCCGACAGGCGAGACGCCCGAAAAGGUCAAGUACGAGAUCCCGACGGAGCUGCCGCGGACGGCAGCGCGUCACGUGAUUAUUGGGGUCGAGGCCACCGAAGAAGACAAGGACGACGAGGACGACGACGGCGGCGAGGACGAGAGCAACGUCGGCCUGUCGCCGUCGACAACCAUCUUUGCCGACCUGGACCAGUCUCUGCAGGCCAAGUCGCCGUCGCCAGGCAGCACGAGCCUGCGCGAGAUGAACGCCAACGUCGGCCGCUACGUCCAGGAGGAGCAGCACGCAGUCGAUACCGCUGUCGAAGAGGAGCAUGCGGCAGCCGCCACACAAGCAGGCCAAGACGAAGAGCUCGCUAGCGUCGCUGCUGCAGGGACGCGAGAACGUGCCGCCAGCGGUGUUUGCACAAGGCUCAUCAAGGAGAAGGAGUCCGCGGUUAAACUAGGUGGGAGAGAGGAGAGGGAGGCCGCGUGGGGAAGGAGGUCAGCUGGUGCCAAACUGGUGGCACAAACAGCUAUAGCAUAUUUCGGAGUAUUCGGAUACCCUUUGAUGCAAAAGGGAAGUUACAAGGCGUUGGACAGCCGAUAG